AUGGCUAACAUGACUGUAGAACCGGGCGGCUUUGUUCAGUGGGAAGAUGCCGAUCUAGUAGACCAACAUCUGCAGUCUCAACCUGCUCAAGAACUAGAGGUUGUGGCAAAGGAUCUGUUCAACAAAGCAGGUAUCGAUUACAGCUGGGUGCGUAAAAUCCCAAGGUCGCUUGAGCAGGAGGCGUUUCUGCUGCGAGACGAGAAAACCAAUGUUUUCUCUCCGAGCAUGACACAGCUGUGCACCAACACCUACUUGAUGGCUCUCACAGAGAUUUUUGAAGGUAUCAAGAGAUCGGAUGAUGGAAGCUUGGUGACGUUGAUUUCCUCGUGUGAAACUGCUCUAGGUCGGCUCAUUCACGAAUACAACAAGGGUCUUGUGUAUAACUGGAGGCCUGUCUCCGUCUUGGCGCAGAAGCCCCUUUAA